CCAAACCCACUGCACAUCCACUCAACAAAUUUGAUCACAAAUAAAGUUGAAAAAGAAAGACAACUUUUAUUACCAAAGAGCUACUUAGCCUUUAAUUGAACUUAGAAUCCAGCUUGACGCCAUCAUUAACAGAUCGACAUACCUAGAAACACGCCCGUCCCCAUGGGAGCUUUGAUGCUUUAAAUUUCACGAGGACCUCAAAAUAAAAUAGGGAGUUCUUGAGAGAGUACAAGAAGAAAAGAGAGAUCAAAGGCUGUUUUCUUACACAAUUCAUGGCUAUUUUCAAAGUACUGAUGUUCCCAUGGCUAGCUCAUGGACAUGUCUACCCAUAUCUUGCACUAGCCCAAAGGCUCUCCAAAACAAACAAAUUCCACAUAUACUUCUGCUCGACAUCUGUCAAUCUUGAAUCAAUCAGAAAUAGUCUCAACCAACACUCGCCAUCAUCAUGGGAUCAUCUCUCAAUUGAACUGAUUGAACUCCGCCUGCCACCCCACCCUCAACUCCCCCCACACUACCACACCACCAAGAACAUACCCCUUACCCUCAUCCCUACCCUCAUACACGCCUUUCAGCUCUCCGCCCCCAAUUUUUCCGACAUAAUUACUCGUCUCAACCCCGACCUGCUUAUCUACGACAUGUUUCAGCCCUGGUCGGCAAAGCUCGCGUCGUCCCAAGGCAUCCCCGCUGUCCAUUUCAAUGUAGGGGGCUCGACUGCGCUUUCGUUUCUCCACCAUCUGCACACGCACAAGAGUGCUGUUACUUUCCCUGUUCCGGCAAUAUACCUGCAUGAUUACGAGAGACAGAACCAGAUGGCUGAGGAGGAGCUGGUAAAAGUUCAAGAAGACGAUGAGGGGUUGUUUUUUGGUGUCUUCAAACUGUCUUGCGACAUUGUCUUGAUAAAUAGCUGCUGCAUGUGGAUUGAGGGGAUGUACAUUGACUACCUCUCCACAUUGAGCCAGAGGAGAAUUGUGCCUGUUGGUCCACUUGUUCAGGAAAAUGCAGCUGAUGAAACUGAUUCGUGGAUCAUGAAUUGGCUGAGUAAGAAACGCGAAUCUUCAACUCUUUACAUCUCAUUUGGCAGUGAAACCUACUUCUCCAGGGAGCAGAUACAAGAGAUAGCAAAAGGGUUGGAGCUGUGCAAAGUUAACUUCAUAUGGGUGGCUAGAUCACCUGUUGGAAGUGAUCAUAUUAAUGUCGAAGAAGCAUUGCCUGAAGGGUUCAUCGAUCUGGUGAAAGAGAGAGGUAUAUUGGUGCAAAAAUGGGCACCACAAGCUGCAAUCUUGGCAAGUCCAGCAGUGGGCGGAUUCAUGAGCCAUUGCGGUUGGAACGCUAUAAAGGAGAGCAUAUAUUUUGGAGUUCCGGUGGUGGCGCUGCCAUUGAAAUUCGAGCAGCCGCUGAAUUCUAGGCUGGUUGUGGAGGCUGCAUUUGGGGUGGAGGUGGCGAGGGAUGAGAAGGGGAAGUUUGACGGAGAAGCGGUGGGAAGAGCUAUAGAUGAGGUGAUGUUAGGAGAGAGUGGAGAAAGGCUUAGGAGAAGAGUCAGAGAGAUGAGUGAGAAGACCAAAGUGGAGGAAGAAGAAACGUUUUGUGGAGUAGUAGAGGAGUUGACAAAAAUUUGUGUGAAGAAAUCAGCUUCUUCUUGAGUACUCACAAGAAGCAAAAACUCUCUCUCUCUCUCUCUCUCUCAAUAAAAGAUGAAAUCAUUAUCCUUAUGAUGAUUUAAAUGUAAGUCUGUUUUGGUUUUAUUUUCUUUUAUUUCAGAUUUUUGUAAUUUAUAUUAUUAGAAUAAUUUUUUCUGUCCAACAAUAAUUUUUAAGAGUAUUGUUCUCAUUUUAAUUGGGUGUUCCGCAUGUUAGU